AUGUCUCGAAAAUCUCCAACAGUCCCGAGAAGCUCGGGCUUGGGUGGGGUUCUCAAGUCUUUAACCAAAUCGCUUAAACCCGCCUCGGGGAAUGUCCCCGUGGUCAUCAACCCGAAAGUGGUGGGUGGUGGUAAAGACAUGCAAAGACUACUUCUACUGUUACAACAUGGCACUCUACCUUCACGAGCGUCGGCUGCCCAAGAAGUGACCGAGCAAUUAGAAAAAUAUGCAAUCUCUUCAAUCCCUGAGGUGUGGUACUUGGCUCGAGAUCUCUGCGAUUACAAGUUACAAUCUUCGAUACGCAGAGUGGUGCUCAAACUCAUGAUCCAGUGUAUUAAGCAAGACGAGGAUGCUGUGAGCAACAAGCUCAUGUUUUUCCGUGACAUUGUAUUGUAUUGCAAAGUCAGCGACCACCUGCUAGAUCCGGAAUUCGAUCUUUUCUUGAAGGCUCUUCGCAGCUUGACAAACGAUGGCAGAGAGAUCCAUGAUUUGUAUAUUUAUGAGCUGGAUGAUAGCUGGGGAGUGUUCGUGAUUCGAUGCUUAACUGCCGCAUCUAGGCAUGCCAAAGAUUAUUCAGGUAUUGAAUCGACGAAUGAUCGGAACUUCUACAACUUGAUCAAACUCCUCGACUACUUGACUAAUUGCUUAAAAUUCAACUCCAGUCUCAUGGAAGAACACAUGUUGGAUUCAUUGUUGUCACUUUGCUUGAGGAUUACUUCACAGACUAAUAAUUCCGAGAUUCUCAUCCAUUGCAUUGAAUUCAUUAAGGCAUGUAUAAACUACGGAUAUAUACCGACUCAUCUUAUGGAGAAAACCGUCGAGUUUCUUUGCUGGUCAAGUACCAUGUCCGAAAAUUUAGAUGACCUUUCAUGGGCAGCACUUAGAACGUUGUGCUUGGAGUACCCAUCGCCAGUCGUCAAUGCAAUCUGCUCAGUACUUCAUGACCCUUCCUUGCAACAGGGACUGUCACGCCAUGCAUCUGUACUUGAAGAAAAGCAGAUUAACGAGAAUUUUAAUUCUCCGCUAGCUUCUGCUAUCGGUGCUAUUGCAAUGUUGGAAAGGGUUUUCGUAUGCAUUCGAUCCGACAAACAAUGCCAGGAAUAUUUUGGAGACGAUUUACUAGAAGCAUUACAACGAUGUCUCGAUUUGAAUCAUCCAAUUGUCAAUAGUGGAUUUCUACGUAUGUUUGACAAAUUAUUUGACUCCCAAAAUUAUGAGAAUUACGACGUGAAGGAUACUCUGUUCUCCGUCCUCUUCCCAUUUCUGUUUUGGUACUCAUCGUCCACAUCAAUGUUUCAGAUCUUAUCUGCAAUGAAACUUAGUUCUGACCAAGAUGCUAGCUACUGGACGUCAAUCUGCCUGUCGUUGUUCAAGCAUUACAAGAAUUUUGAGCUCGUGGCUCCAAAAGAGCGUUUGGUUCUGAUAUUCAUGAAACAUCCGCGUAGUAUCUCACAGGAUAUUAUUGAUUUUAUCUUGUUGUUUUACAAAGAGGAUCAGUCCUGUUCUGUUUUAGAUACACUUUGGAAAGCGAACUGUCGAAAGUUGCUCAAUAGCUUUUACUAUGGUAGUACAAGUGAUGCAUCAAUUUUGGUUCGCAAGGAAUGCCUCAGAACCAUUAAAAGUGGUUUCGAGGUGUCAAUGUCGUUAUCUGAUGACUAUAAUGUGAGUAAGGAGAUUAUUUUGGAAAUAAUUCUGAAAUCAGUCACAGAGAGCGACCAAGAGAUGGUCGAUUUCAUUAUGGAGGAGUUUAUUUUCCAUUUCUUGAAGGCCUCCUCCAUCGUCUUCACGAGAGCUAUUUUGACCACAAUAACUCCAUUUUUUCAUGUCAAACAAAAGAAAGAGAGAAUCAAAAGUAUUGUUUCUCUCGGUUCGUUUGGCUCCGGGUCGCAAUUGCCAAGGUUGGCGGGCUCUAUUCAUAGUACCUCCGACUCCUCCGAAGUAGUUCCGGUUGCAAAUACUGAAUAUCUUAAUGCAUUGGCAAUGGCGCUCUCCAAGGCAGUGGUAACUGUUUACUCAAAGGAUGCGGCAAAAGCCAACGAAAUUUACCAAUUUAUUAUCGAGAUGGUUCAAUUCUGCUUGAAGCUGGAACAUAAUCAGACAGUUUUGAUUCUAUUGAGACUUUUAGUAAGGUUGAGAUCUACAUCAGAAGGCUUUAUUUAUUUUGUGGAUCCAAAAGAUGUUGAAGGUCUCGCCACCACUUUCAAGAGGAAUAAGCUAGAUAAGACUUUUGAGGGUAAAGAUGCAUGGUGGAGCUACCCAGAACAAUUGGACUAUAUUCCCUCUGAGAAUUUUAACCAAGCCAGUCGAGGGUGGCAUGUUUUCAAUCUGGAAGAUUCUAAAUUGUCAGUCGGUGCUAUUACUAGCCUUGAUAUUUCUUCAUGGUUCGAUAUUGUUGUGACCAUCCUCGAAGACUAUUACCAUUGGGAACUCUACACUUACACUUGGACCCACUUCUGCUCUCAACUUUCGAACAUGAGAUUAUUCGAAGGACAAACCACUCAUAUACGGCGCUACCAAAAGCUCUUAUGUGAUCAGCUUACAUUGAAUUUGCCUAGGCUAUUGCUGAUUUCCAAGACGUUACCCAUUACGAAGGCAGAUAUGCAAGUAGCAUAUAUUCGGAAUAUUUCAUCUCUCAUUGGAUACCACGAACUGUUCAGAAAGAACGAGGAAGAUCAAAUUGUUAGCUCUCUACUCUUCGCCCUUGACUCAUGGGAGAGGACAGCAAUUCCUUGUAUUCACAUGUUGACUGUUUGCUGUUACGAAAUUCCAAUAUCAUUGAAGAAAUAUCUCACUGCAAUUUUGACAAGAUUGCAAACCGGAGUAACCAGUGCAUUCGCCAGCUCUCCUUCGUUGGAGUUUCUUAUGUCACUUAUCCAGGUGCCAAGUUUGACUUCCAAUUUCACUAUGGAUGAGUUCAAGCGUGUCUUUGCCAUUGCAUUCAAAUACAUUCAAUAUGCUUCAGAUGUUAAGUUUCGAAGGACAGCCAAUUCGAACGAACAACAGUCAUUGCUUUUAGGGCAUGGCGUGGAUGCAGAGGUUGAUCGCCAAGCGUCAACCCAAGCCACCGAAAUCACUCCCAUUGUGAAUGAGUAUCUAUUAGCUGUGUCUUACUUGGUCAUCUCAAAGUGGUUUUUGAAAAUUAAUGUGACAGAUCGUCGCCAGGUCAGUGGAUUUUUAAUUAAGAACAUCGUCUUGAGUAGCACCAACGAUGGAAAGGCUUUGGAUGAUCGUGCAAUUGCAUUUCUUGACUUGGUGGCUAGAUUCACGUUUUGUGAUAUUCCACUUCAAAUCACUGCCGUUGCCAAGCAAACAGUUCAGUCACCUCAUUCGAUGUUGAACAGAUGGAUUGUAGGGCACUCAAUUGUUUCAAUCGAAACAGAUACCAUCACUGGACAUUCCAUCGUUAGUCUUCGUCGGCCUACCGGAACAUCAAUUUUCCAGGUGACGUUGGACCCAGCGAUGUUGCCCACAGCUUUCUCUACUAGCGAUUUGCAACCAAAGGUAAUGAGCAGUUAUUUCCUUCUUCAGCUUCUCCUGCCAUUGAAUGAAAAUAACAAAUCCAAGCCCAUAGCGUUGUUCGAUGACACUGCAGUGGAGAGAGCCAUAAGCACGUUUGAUAGAAUUCCUGUCGUUUCACACCAUAAGGCUGGAAUACUUUAUAUUGGACCGAACCAAAAGACUGAAGUUGAAAUCUUGGGCAAUACCGUUGGAUCCCCGGCGUACCAUAAGUUUCUAGACGGAAUUGGCGAACUAGUGAGGCUAAAUGACAACCUCUCUUACGCUGGUGGCCUUGAUAAAGAAAGUGGGACCGAUGGAGAGUUUGCCUAUGUGUGGAGCGACCAGCUCACCCAAUUGGUGUACCAUACUACAACUCUCAUGCCCAAUACAGUAAACGACAGGCUUUACGCAAUGAAGAAGAGACAUAUUGGAAAUAAUCAUAUCAAUGUGUUUUUUGACGAGUCAGGACUUCUGUUCAACUUCAAUGUUAUCAAGUCACAGUUCAACUUUAUCAACAUUGUCAUUUGCCCACAUUCUGUCAAGGUCACACCUGAAAGAUCGCAGCCCGCUGAAUUUUAUAAGGUCAGAACAUACAGAAGAAGCGGAGUUCCUGGUAUUUUCUCAUCUACCCACUUUAAGUUGAUUUCUCUUGACCAGCUUCUGGACUACAUCCGCACAAUGGUUCUAAUGGCUGAUAGGUUUGCCCAUGUAUGGCAUUACACUAUUGAUGGAAACUACACUGGCAAUUGGGCACUUCGAGUCAAGCACAUAUCUACACUCAAGCAAAAGACGUUGGAGUCUCACUGCAAUCUCCAGGCUGAGCAAGAAAGGCAAGAGAUAAGCAAGCCAACUGGCGCAGGAGAAGCAAGCGGAGCAUACAUGACUCAGUCAUUCUUGCAACAAUUACAAGCACCCAGUGCAGCUCCAACAGCCGUUUCAAUGGGCACGUCCAAGUAUGAUUACAUCUCACCAACAGAAAACGAACUUUACUCGCUUUUGGAAUUCAAUUCGUUUGCAUAA